UAACUGUCAGAUAUACCAGACUGCCACUAAUUGUCGUGCAGAGACGUUGUUGUGGGCUUUGACAACAUCUACCUGAAGACAGAGGCGAGGAAAUAAAGACCUAGAAAAUGGCGAACAGCACUUUGGGACCUCAAAAUCUGACCAGCGUUGAAAGAAAUCACCCCACAAAGCUGUCGGGCUUAUCGAAUACAGAAAUCUUCAGCAUAAGCAUAUAUUUUGUCGUCCUAGUCAUGGGUGUGAUCGGAAACAGCCUUGUCAUCUUUGUGACCGGCUACAAAAUGAAGACAACAGUCAACUCCAUUUGGUUUCUCAACUUGGCGAUUGCAGACUUCAUUUUCAUUUUGUUCUUGAUUCUCUAUAUCGUUGUUACAUUUUACAAGAUGGUCUGGCCCUUUGGCGACGUCAUGUGCAAAAUAAUGUCCUUGGUCUCGAUCCUUAAUAUGUUUGCGAGCAUUUUUCUGCUGACAGCCAUCAGUCUGGAUCGAUGUCUGUGCACAUGGGUGAUCGUGUGGGCUCAGAAUAAACGGACUCUAGUCAAAGCCAGAAUCAUCUGUGUGUUUGUGUGGCUUUUAUCCAUCUGCUGCAGCAUCCCUUUCGUCAUCAAACGCUCUGUAAUGAAACACUAUGGAGUGGAAUACUGCUCAUAUUCAUGCCCCAUCAAUGUUAUUAUGUCUCUGUUCAUUUACAGGUUUAUGGUGGGCUUUGUAGUCCCCUUCUUUAUCAUUGCAUCUUCAUACGUAGCUAUUGGUGUGCGGGUCAAACGCCUAAAAAGAGGAAAGCAGCUUCGGCCGUUUCGGGUCAUUAUACCUGUGAUUUUGGCCUUUUUCAUAUGCUGGCUUCCUUUUCAUGUUCAACAGUUGUGUCACAUUAGUGCACUUAAGAAUGAUUGGAGUGACAGUGUUCAAGAAGGAGUUGAGGCUGCAGGACCUUUUGUAGCCUGUCUGGCUUAUCUGAACAGCUCUCUGAACCCCAUUCUCUAUGUGUUCAUGUGUGACGAGUUCAAGAAGAAACUUAAAAAGUCUCUGCUGCUGGUGCUGGAGGGGGCUUUUGCUGAAGAUCACGUGAGUUUCAGAUCAACACUUCUUUCACGCCUCUCAGAGUCACAACAAGGUACUAAGCAGACACACGACACAACCCUCUGCUCCUCUGGUAGUGGACAGGAGAACAACACAAGUGUCUAGACUCUUGAUGACUGGAGAUAUACACUUGUCAAAAUGGACAUAAAGGUUUCCCAAACAUUGGGUCAGACGAACAGAUAGUCCCGCUCCAAACUUCUGCCAUUGGUUGAAGUCUGGGUAUCUAAAGAAGCAGAGCAAGAAUCCCCAAAUUCUGAAUGUUUUUCUCAUUGCUUUGUUAAACACAACAUUUAUAUUUCAAUGCUGUUCGUGCAAAUGUUUUCUUUGUUUUUGUCUUUAAAGUCACGGUAAUUGAGAAAAACAUCUAUUUUAUGUGUAAAACAUUUUUUGUUGCUUUUAUGUUUUUUUAAAACACAUGUUUUGUUACAUAUUUCUGUUACUUUUCUCAAUACAAAAAACUUUUUAUGCUGAAUGAUGUCUUUUUCUCAUUGUAGAUGAAACAAACGCACUGCCUCAGCCUUCACUCUCACUCACCAAAUAAAUCAGGUUAUAAGCAUGCAAGCAUGGAGGUUGUGAAUAUCUUCAAAAGCUGCAUGAAUUAAGUUUAUUUACUUUUUUGCUAGCAGUGCAUGAGUUGAUUUUGUGCAGAAGUAUACUGAAAAUCAUACACUUGAAAUUGAAAAUAUUACAACAGAUUUACAUUGUUAUGUAUGAAACAUGCUCAGUAAUACAACACAAAAGGAAUAAUAGAAAAGUGCCAUAUAUUUUUAUUAUAGUCUAAUAUCAAGAGGAAUAAGAAGUCAACCUGUUUUCCUUCGUCUAAACGUUUACAAAUUGUACAGAGGUGUUAAUAGUUCUCUUUAUAAUUUGUGUCUUCUUUAUCUUCCAAUGAAGCCAUAUUUUGGUGCCAUAUAUAAUCUAUAUAUGGGCCUUAACACAGAACAGUACUGCUGACUGAAUCAUUGGCAGAAGCUCCAUGUUUUGCAAACAUAGACGCUGAGAACCUUUUUUUACACCUCCUUUGUAUCAAAUAUUACUGUAAUGUGUCCUACAUUGAAUUGUUUCAUGAC